AACAUAAACAUCGUUCAUGCGAAGAUUAAUAACAACUCGCGCGAUUAAGAUGAUGAAAAUAAUUGAUAUUGGUGCAAACUUAACUGAUCCUAUGUACCAAGGCAUUUACAAUGGUACCGCGAAACAUGAGCCCGAUCUAUCGCAUGUGCUGAAACGUGGCUGGGCCGGCGGAUUGGACAAAAUCAUCGUCACGGUUGGCACACUUUCUGAUUGUGAACCAACGUUCGAAAUCGUUAAGAAUGAUGACAGGCUAUUCGCCACGGUUGGAUGCCACCCGACCCGGUGUGGAGAAUUCGUCGCGGAUCCGGAAGUAUAUUUUGCUUCACUCUGCCAGCAAAUAGAGCAGCAUCGUGAAAAAGUAGUGGCAAUUGGAGAAUGUGGUUUAGAUUACGAUCGUUUGCACUUCUGUGAAAAGGAGAUCCAGCAGAAGUACUUCGAAAAGCAGCUGGAGUUGGCUGAGAAGUUUAAUUUGCCUUUGUUCCUACACUGCCGAAAUGCUCAUGAUGAUUUUGCAGAGAUACUGCUACGUAAUCUGGACAAAAUUCCCAAACGUGGUGUGGUGCACACGUUCGAUGGAACCCUCGAAGCGGCCGAAGCAUUGAUUUCCGCAGGAUUUUACAUCGGUAUCAAUGGCUGUUCACUCAAAACGGAGGAAAAUCUGACUGUGGUAGCGAAAAUACCUGACCAGUGGAUCAUGGUUGAAACGGACAGUCCAUGGUGUGAAAUACGGCCGUCGCAUGCAGGGUCGAAACACGUGAAAACUAAAUAUCCUGCCGUGAAGAAGAAAGAAAAGUGGGAACCAGAAUCGCUCAUUGCCGGUCGUUGCGAACCGGUCAUGAUAAGCCAUGUUCUGGAAGUGCUAUCGGGCAUCAAGGGAAAACCAAUUGUAGAGCUUGCUGAUCAGUACUAUACCAACACUAUGAAAAUGUUUUUUCCUAAACAAAUUGAAUAAACUAAAUUUGCAUUUAGGGGCACAUUGAA